AAGACUCGAUGCGGCUCUCGACGCGGAUGGGCGCGGCCUUGGCGGCGCUGCUGGCGGCCGCGCGGCCCUCGCUGACGGUGGCGAGGGGCGUGAACGUGAACCUAACGGCCAGCUGGCCCAGCUCCCCGUUCUUCCCGCUCAUGGAGACCAGGUACGAGCCGCAAUACAUGAAUAUGGAUGAAAUGAAUUCUUGCAGGGCUCGGAAGAGUGAAUAAUUCUUAUUUUUACUUUUAUUAAUGUUUGUGCCAGUGAGUUCCUGGCCGAGGAGAACCCGCUGUACUUCUGGCAGUUCCUGGAGGAGCUGGAGACCCGCACGUCGUAUGUGGGGCUCAUGGGCAGCGACGUGGACGCCCUGGGCACGCUCGCGGUCACGGUGGCCGAGAGCAUCGCCCCAGAGUCCAAGAACGUGAGUAUAAAGAUACUUGUUUACUUAAAUAUUUAUUUAACAAUAGUAUUUACU